AAUCAAAAAACGAACAAUCGCAGCUUGUAUAAGUAUAUGCACAUUGUUUUACCUCAAAGAAGCAAGAAGAGCAAAACCAAAGCAGGGAAAAACUCACAGAAGCCGGGUGAGAUCCAAAAUGACGAACCAAGUUCGCAGCUUUCUCCUUCUCCUCUGCCUGUUGCUUGGCGUCCAAUUCAUACCUCAUCCUUGCGUCGAUGGCCUCAGCAGCCACAAUCUUUGCGUGCAAUGUGCCACUGUGAAGGGGCACAAGUGCCCUUCGAGCUCAGACUUCCCUCACAUGACAGCUUACGACAACAGGCUUAUCGCUGGAGCGCUCCAAUCUGAUCUCGUCGAUGUUAAUGACAGAGGGGUUUACUCUGUCCCCAAUGUCGAAGGUGGGAAGUCGAGGCAAUACAAUGCUUACUUUGGCUGGGAGUCCACUUCUGGUUCUGCUUCUGGCUAUCACAGGUUCAGCAACUAUAUGGACAAAUGCUCUGGUGGAAAGAGUUAUCUAACAGUUGAUAAGGUUGGCAAGGUGGCUCUUCGAUCGUUGAAGUCACUGGAAACCUUAGCAGAAGCUGACUGGAAAUCUAUCAAUCCGCCAGCGAAAGUAAAUCACAGAGGAUACAGAUUCUGGUUAUCUCAUAGCAGUGGGAAAUGCCUUACAGUUCUGGGAGGACGUGGAGAGAAAAGGACCGUUGGUGUAGCUGACUGCAAGUUUGAUGGCUCAAACAAGAAGCAGCUAUUUGCCUUCAGAUUCCAUUACCAUAAGGCCUUCUGUGGUUGUGGUGUCUUCAAUAAUUGACUUCCUUCAACUGUAUAACUUGCACAAUAAGUUACAUACAUAUGGAUCACAUCUCAUUGUUUUUCUAUGGAAAUUUUCAUGAUUGCCC